AUGAAUGAUGGGAGUGGCAGCCUGCAAGCGCGCUCUAUUUCCCCUCGAUCGUUUUCCUCUAACCCAUCAUCCCGAGACUCCUCCCCCAAUCGAGACCUGUCACUCAGCAUCAGCAGGCUCCGCCCCCCCAUCAUCAUCCACAGCUCUGGGAAGAAAUACGGCUUCACCCUGCAGACCAUUCGUGUGUACAUGGGGACCAGCGACAUCUACACCAUACACCACAUGGUCUCGGGUGUGGAGGAGAGCAGCCCUGCCCAUGAGGCUGGACUGCGAGCGGGUGAUCUGAUCACUCAUGUGAAUGGAGAACACAUGAAACAAUACGUUAAUUGCCUUCUUUAA